GGCGCGCGCCUAACGGCUUCGCGGGGCUCACGCGGCUUCUGAGAGGUCGGAGCGCGGAGCUGCAGGCAGGCGCCUAACUGCUUGGCGGGGCUCACUCAGUCUGAGAGGUCGGAGGCUGCGAGUGUCGCUGCUGAAGGCUGUGGUGGACCGGGCUGGAUCGCGGAUUCUGAGCUACAUCGCGGGUUUGGGGAUGGAUCUUGGAUUUGGGGGUGGAUCGCGGGUUGGUGGGGGGAUCGCGGAUUUGGGACUGGGUGGGGGUGGAAAGGCCACGAGGGGCCGCGGCGGCUCAGGAGCGGGUUGUGGGCGUCUGAGAAGUCGCCACCAUGAGGAGGCUCUUCAGCUUCGGGAGACGCCUGGGCCAGAUGCUCCUGAGCUCCAGGGACAAAGAGUACGCGGGUCGCGGGUACCACACCCUGGACUGGGAACUGCGGAAGAUCCACAGGGCGGCCAUCAAGGGCGACGCUGCCGAGGUGGAGCGCUGCCUGAAGCGCAGAUUCUGGGACGUGGACGCCCGCGACAGAAAGGACAGGACUGUUCUACAUUUUGCCUGUGUCCAUGGCCAUAUAGAAGUGGUUACUCUCUUGCUGAGGAGAAGAUGCCAGAUCGACAUCUAUGACAGACUUAACAGGGCACCUUUAAUGAAGGCUGUACAUUGCCAGGACGAGGCUUGUGCCAUUAUUCUCCUGGAACGUGGCGCCAAUCCAAACAUUAAGGAUAUCUACGGCAACACUGCUCUCCAUUAUGCUGUGUAUAAUAAGGGGACUUCACUGGCAGAGAAACUGCUUUCCCACCAUGCAAAUAUUGAAGCACUAAAUGAGGAAGGAAACACUCCACUUUUGUUUGCUAUAAAUUCUAGGAGACAGCAAAUGGUGGAAUUUUUAUUGAAGAACCAGGCAAAUAUACAUGCUGUUGACAAUUACAGAAGAACAGCCCUCAUGCUUGCUGUGCAGCAUAACUCGUCAAGUAUCGUCAGCCUCCUCCUUCAACAAAAUGUAAAUAUCUUUUCUCAAGACAUGUUUGGCCAAACUGCCGAGGAUUAUGCUGUUUGUUGUGAUUUGAGGAGCAUUCAACAACAAAUUUUGGAACAUAAAAAUAAGAUGCUUAAAAAUCAUCUUCGAAAUGACAAUCAAGGUAAGACUUCUGAUAGUAAAUUUCUCAUGUCUCUUGGUGAUCUUACUGAUUUUCAAAAAGCAAAAUUACAGGCCAGGCAUGGUGGCUCACACCUGUAAUCCCAGCAGUUUGGGGA